AUUUUGUUUCAGGCUAGUGGUACGCAGCCAGGAGGAACCGAACGGGCGCGUUAUUCGCUUGUAGACGAUUUCAUAUUUUAACAUUUUAGUAUUACUGGUAACGACGUAUAUUAAUUUAAUCAUUUUGUUAUUGUCAUUUCAUUUGUUUAUAAGGGUAAAUUGCUGAUUGGAUGUGAGUAACCACCACGCACUGAAGAUGAAAAUCGCAUUCUCCCAGUAAUUCUGGUAAUUUGUUUUGCUAAUGUUUCGUGUUUUUUAUUCCUCCAGCAUUGUUUUUAAUUAAGUUGUCUGCUGUUGUUACUUGCAUUAUACGCAGUGGCUGCCCUUGAUUGUAAAAUGAGAGUGAGGUAUGUUUCUCCUCUAUAUUGGAAACCUGCUCAGAGGCCCUCCAAUUCAAUAUUAUGUUUUGGGGGCUUCUGGACAGAUGUGUCAUAUGACACUCAAAUUGGCAUUACAUGAAGUAUUCUUGGUUUAAUAAAUUAAAUGUGGAGUGAUGAGUUAUUUAAAUGUAUGAGCGAACUAAGCUCUGCCAUAUCACACUAGUGGUUGUCAAGUUCUAUGGGUUUUCUUCUUUUGUUACACUGCAGUUGGUUAUAGAAAUAUAGAGAGUUGAUGUAGGCCUACCACAAGUUCCGAUAUUUUCACUGUUUGUGUGCCUAUCUCUGUCCUGUGCUAACCAAUUUGUUUUUAGUUUUCCGGGGAGUGUUUUUGUUUUAUUUAAUUCUAGGUUAAGAAGCAGCUUCUUUUCCGUUCCUGAAGAUCUUUUGACGGGAGAUAAAGUUCAUUAUAAAGAAAGUAGAUUUUCAGAAGAUUUUAUGCAAAAUUCCCACAAUUUUUUCCCCUUCCACACAAAUUGUCACCUGCUGGAAUAUCUAGAUGCCCCCUACCCAUCUAUAUUUUUCAACAGCAUCCCUUAUGAAGAAGUUGAAGAUUUUACUUCACCCACUCUGCCCACUUUUUUCUCUUUCAAAAACGUUUUUCCCUCUGCUGUCUUUUUGGAUGAAUUGCUGGGAGAGGUGUUUUUUUCCCCCCCAAACCCAAAUCCCCACGCUUCUCUUAUUUCCCCCAUUAAAAAAGAGAUGAAAAAAAAAAAAGGACAUCCUUACACCAUCCAUCUAUAAUGCUUAGCAGUCUGGCUGGAAGGAGUCAAAAGGGAGGUCAUAGGGCGACAAGUGUCUCUGGACCUCCCCUUUUCCCGCUUAUCUCACGGAUCAAGUGUUCCUUCAGGACCAUUGUUGCCACGGAGACACCCUAUCAGAAGUGUGUGAGGAAGAGAGGAAUCUUCUCAGCCACUUAAGCCCAGGGGGAGUCCUGCUUGUCCUGAAGUGAUUACCCUCGACCGGAAAGUGAAUCCAGUACACCAGCCUGAACAUGACUAACCAUGGAGAUGACUGCUAUUUCUUCUACUACUCCAACUGUGCUAAGGGUGACAGUUGUCCCUUUAGACACUGCGAGGCAGCUAUGGGCAGUGAGGUGGUCUGCAACCUGUGGCAGGAGAGCCGCUGCUUCCGACAGGUCUGCAAGUUCCGUCACAUGGAGAUCAAGAAAAACAGGAAGGAGAUAGCGUGUUACUGGGAGAACCAGCCUGCUGGCUGCCAGAAACCCCACUGUGCCUUCCAUCAUGAGAAACCACGCUUCAUAGACGGGCAGUACGUACCGCCCAACAAAAGUUCGGCACUCAAACAGGAAGAGGAGCCUCAUGAGGAUCCAUUGCCACCAGCCCCCGCCCCCAUCCCCAGUCCAGCCAAUCCCCAGCUCCGUGGGGUCAUUAAGGCUGAGACUCAGGAGAACGUCCCCAGCCCCACCCACCCACCUGUGGUCAUCAAUCCAGCAGAUGACGAAGAUGAGGACGAAGAUGAUCAGUUCUCAGAGGGAGAGGACAGCAGAUCUGGUUCUGAUGGAUCUAGACUGGUGUCUCCCAGGAAAAUGACUGUGGGCUCCAGCUCAGAUGAUUCGCUGAACUUUGGUGUUAGAACCUUGGAGGAGAUCAGACUGAGGAAAGCCCUGAAAGCCAGUAUGAGGAGAGCUGGUUAUUCAGUUCCUGGCCAGGGCUCAGACCAGAGAAACAAUGGUGCUAGUGGAGAGAAGGAGAAUGUGAGAUCCUUUAUCCGUCCAUCUCUCUUCACAGCUAAGGAUGAAAUGUUGGAAUUUGGUGACGAGAUUGGAAAACGCAAUGUCACGGACAGGCUCGGAAAAAGAAUAGUCAAAGAAGUUCCUGCUGCUGGUGACCUGCCAAUGAAACGCUGUUUGGCGGAGCGCCUUGGGAGGAAAGUGGAUGUGCAUGAAACGGACCUGCCCUCUCAGAUAGCAUUAAAACCUGUCAGGGAUAGACUGGGAUUACCUGUUGAACCAGCUGCUAACUCUGAAUCAGCUGAGAGCAACAGUGAGACUAAAGCACCCGAAGUAAUCCGCAUCAAAACCCUAGAUGAAAUAAGGCAGGAGAAGUUGAACAAAUCCCUGGGACACACACAAGGUCAGGGUGAUGAGCAUCACCUUUCAGUCCCUGAUACCAGCAAUAGUGCCUCCACCAAGGACACAAGGAGAUGUGCCGCUGGCAAACCUACUGUUGGCCUCCACAUUAAGACCUUUUCAGAGGUCCUGCACGCCAAGAGGAAGCUGGACGAGGACCAGCAGCAGGGCCCAAGCCUCAGGAAGGCCAAGCAGCCAGCUGUGGAGGUGGCUCCAGGGAACACCCAGCUUCAGGGAUCCUCAGGCACAGCCGUGCCUAGCCGGGUGGCCCCUCCUGGGGGAGAAGUGAAGGUGAAGACGCUGGAUGAGAUCCGCAAGGAGAAGGCUGCUAGGAUGCAGGCCGUUGGAAAGGAAGCUUCCAACGGGAAAAGCCCGGGCUCUGCAACUUCCUCUGGAGAGGGAAGUGUUAAGAAGUCCCGUGUUCUCCGCAUCAACAAACCAGCUUCUCCGGCUACCAGCAGUUCCACCCAAAAGACCACCGAUCUGACCGAGAACACGGAGAAGCCUGUUGAGCCUGCUGCUGUCAGUGCCGAGGCCAGUCCCGCUAACGGCAGCGGUGACGCUGCGUCCGUUGCCAGCGUGAAGGUGAAGACCUUUGAGGAGAUCAUGCGUGAGAAGCGUCUCCGCAGGCAACAGCUGCAGGAGGUCAGGGCCUCGUCUGCCGGCCAAGUACAGGGUACAGCUAAGGCUGAAUCCACAGAGAAACCGGCUGCCGGCCAGCCCGCCCAGAAGAAGAGGGUGCUGGUGAGCCCCCCUACCACCUCCUCGCCCCCCUCACCUGCCACCGUUACCACGGAGGCCCCGGGCCAGACACCCAUGACCCCCCUUCACCAGCGCGUUGUCCUGAAAACCAAGGCAGCCUCCCCCGUGUCCCCCCAGCCAGGGUCUCCACUGAGGCAGGCUGAGGCAGAGUCCCCCUCCCUGAGCUCCAGCGCUGCCCCUGGAAAGAGGAAGAGUGGCUCCGCUGUGGGUUCGAGUCCCCCCGGACGGGCUGCCCCUGCAGCGGCGUCGGUCUCCCCGAGGCCCUCCGUGGAAGGGGCACCAGUUGAGAAGUCCCCGGACGGAGGCCCGAAGUCCCCAGGGCAAGCUACUGAAGCUAAAGUGAGACCCAAGCUGAACGUGAGGCCUUCUGUGAUGAAGCCGGGCCAGAAGAGGAAGUCAGCAAACAGAUCUGCUGUUGCCGCGGUGAAACCCCUCAACAGUGUGUCUGCAGCCUUGCAGGACCGGCCACAGGAGGAGCCGCUCUGCAAGCGGAGAGAGGUGUCCUCUCCCUCCGGAGUGUCGGUCCAGAUGAUGUCAGUGGUACCCCGCUGUCCUCCCGCUGAUCUCCAGGGCCCAGGCACCAACUCCAGCCCCCUGAAAGAGGAGAUCCAGGCGGUACCGGACAACACGCCCAGCCCUGCCAUUACUACGGCAUCACAAGAGACUUGUGUAGUUCCACAGAGCCCUAAGGUGAAGACGCCCACUCAGUCAAAGCCCCGGCGGCCCAGCGUAGUAAUGCCUCGUUCUGCCUCGACAGCCCCUUCUGCUAGUUCAUCCACCUCUGCCAUGGACGAAUUUGACGAACUCAUGAAUGAGUUUACAGAUGACCGUCUGGAGGACGACUUGGAGCUGGACCCCGGCAAGGGAGAGGACGACCUCCUACUGGAGCUGUCUGAGAUGAUUGACAGCUAAACGGGCCGAUUUAAUAAUCUGUUGACACUGAACCCUGAGUAACGCUUAUGCUCAUGUCACCUGAUACACCCUUAUGACCCCUGACCUUCAUUAAGUCCAAUAAUAAUACAUCUUAAAUUUAUCACUAACAGAAUUUUUCACAUGACCACCAGAACUGACCACCAGAUACUAACACCAGAAGAACUUCAGCCACAUUCUAGCAGAACUUGAAGGUUGUGACCUAUCACUGCCAUGGGGGGGGGGGUGAUGAUUUGGGAAAUAAAUGUUUUUAUUUCUAAGAUCCCUUCUCUGUUGAUUAGCCCUUGUCUUAAAUGUAGAUCUAAAGGACUAUAGCCUUUCAGUUAUUGCAUCUGAUCAGUAAAUGAAAGGUUGCUAGAUAGAAUUUCUAAUUGGAAUCUCAGAGAAAUAAUCUGUCAUUUUUUUUAAGUCACUGUGGAGAGCAUUUGCAAAACGACUAAAUAUAAAAGGUAUUUUGGAGCUGCUGCUACAGCAUGUCAACAGAAACGACUGGUGGGCAUGCUUUAUUUUUCUUAAUUUGAAACGCAAUCUUAUGUUUUUAGAUGGUAUUAUUUUUACUGUCUUUAAAUUGUAGUUUCCUGUCAAAAGGAUCCAUUGUGUUUUCAUUUCUGCACCACUUAUGAUUGAGGACACUAGUAGUGAUAUACUUUUGUAUGUAUUUUGUUUAGUUUACUAAUGUGGUCUUUCCCCUAUUGUUUGAUAGGAGAACAUGGAAAAAUAGCCUUUUGAGUUUUUAUUUUAUUUUUUAUCAUCCUCAGGUACUUCCCAUUUGUGCAUUGCUUGUGGUCUUACCUGCCAUGCCAGCCACUGUUAGAUAUUCAAUCGUAUUGUUGUUGCAGAAAGUGUAUCCUGUAUACUGUGUAUGCUUACAAGACUGCUUUAAAUGCUAGAGCUACAUUUAUUAACCGGGCUAUCAGUUUCACAUUCUCUGGAAGUUAGAAUAAUAAUUGGCCUGCUCCUAUUUGCCUUGUCCCACAUCUGUCAGAUUGAUUAUUUUUUUUCUUUUUUUUUCUUUGUCUUCUUCUGAACUCAAGAGUUAGUGUAGAGCUGUUGUAGAAACUUCAAAUAAAGUAUGUUUGAGAAACUGAAUGAAGAACAUGGUGUGAAGUAUGAGAUGUGUGUGUACCCUAGCCAAGUAAAUAUGUUGAUGCAAGAAUAAGAUUCUGAUAUCUUAUCAAAGGUAAAAUAAAUGAAACAGUUAAUCUAGCAACAAUAUUCUGUUUAUGCUGCCUUGUCUCCCUCCAUCAAUUUGUAAUAAUGAUAUAUUGGUUAUGUUAAUAUCAUUUUGGACCAUGUUUUAAACCUAUACAAUUUGUCUGACUGUGACCUAGUCAAAACAUAGUUGAAUAUGAAACAUGCCUCUUACUGUUCAACAUCCAACCUGCUCACUGUUGAACCUUUUGUUUGGAAGAGUUUUUCAGAUCUUAAUGUGAAAAGCAGCUUCUCAGGGACUACGAAUCUGCUGUCUUGAGUUUGAACCUAUUUUUUACUGUUUGUACACCUUGUCCGAUUCGAUUGACACUUUCCACUUACCCUCUGCUAGCAUGUGACAUGUUGCCUUUAGUUGUAUUGAUUUCGGUCAUGUCGACUGUAAUCGGUUAUCUUGUCAGUGUUGCUGAUGAGAGUUUGCUGACUUGGAAUGCGGAGGCUUUGGUUUUGUUUCCGUACCUGCUUGAGUCUGUUCUGAUAAUUGUCUAAAGGUUGUGACUGUAAAUAAUAAAAAUGCUUUUAUGACA